CGGAAGUACUCGUACGGUUCCGUGGCGAUCCUUUCAAAGCUAAAUAACUUUCUGCUUGUAUGUGGAUUUUUUUUAAUUGGUUGAUGAUUUAUGAUUAUAUUAAGUGGGCUACGUAUCUAAUUAACAUUUGUUAAAAUUAAUUCUCAGUUUAAAAGUGCGAGUGUGAGAGGGGGACAGCCGACUGCACUUUUAUUUUGAAGAGCCUCACCCUAACAGUGUUUUCUACAAACGUGGAGCGUCUUCUGCAGAACGAGCGAAUUUAUCCAGUUUCUGUCAAAUUGCAAAUUUGUAUCGCACCCAAAAAUGUUUUCGGCACGUUUGCAAGCUUCCCUCGAGCGUGUGAGGUAGCGAAGGCAGCGCGAUGUUAACGUGGCGCAGCUUGCGUGCGAACGCGCGGACGCUCCGGCUUCUGCUCACCUUCAGACGGGUCGCGCCGUGCGGACUCGUUCCGUUCCGCCGAAGCCUGAGCAUCGGGACGCCGCUGCGGAAUGACUUUUUUAAAGAUCUGGAGGCCAAGUUGGCCGCCGCGAGGAGGAAGGUGGCGGACGCCGCGCCGGGCAGCGCCUGGAGCCCGCUGGAGAUCAACCCCAACCUCCCUCCGGAGAGGACCGACAUCGUGAUCGUGGGGGGCGGCGUGGUGGGCUGGUCGGUGGCCUACUGGCUCAAGAAGAAGGAGGGCAUCCGCGGGGGGCUCAAAGUGGUCGUGGUCGAGAAGGACAUGACGUACUCGCAGGCGUCGUCGGUGUUGUCGGCCGGGGGCAUCCGCCAGCAGUUUUCCCUGCCGGAGAACAUCCGCCUGUCGCUGGCCUCCGCCGACUUCCUGAGGAACAUCAACGAGCACUUGGGCGUGCCCAACGAGGACGCCAUUGAUGUCCACUUCAACCACGCCGGCUACAUGUUCCUGGCCAGCCACAAGGGGGCGCACGUCUUGGAGGGGAACUACAAGACGCAGAAGGCUGCCGGGGCACAAGUGUCGCUUCUGUCGCCGACGCAACUCCGAGAGAAGUUUCCCUGGAUGAACGCGCGAGAUGUGGCGCUUGCCUCCUAUGGUGUGGAGAACGAGGGCUGGUUGGACCCGUGGUCUUUGCUCAACGCCUUCAGGAGGAAGGCCCUCUCCAUGGGCGUGGUCCAGUGUCGCGGAGAAGUCACCGGUUUCAAAUUUACCUCCAACGAGGCCACGACCGAGGACGGCGAGCGUUUGGAGCUGCGGCGGAUCAAAUCGGUUCAAGUGCGGAUGCCUCGCAGUUUGGAGUACCAGCCGGUGGAGUGCGCCGUCGUGGUCAACGCGGCCGGGCACUUCUCGGCCGAGGUGGCCCGCAUGCUGGGAGUGGGGCUCGGACCCCCCGACACGCUGGCGGGAAUCCCGCUCCCCGUGGAACCGAGGAAAAGGUUCAUCUAUGUGUUCCAUUGUCCCGAGGGGCCCGGACUGGACACGCCCUUCCUCAUCGACCACUCGGGCGUUUACUUCAGGAGGGAGGGGCUCGGAGGCAACUACAUCGCCGGCAAGUCGCCCGACGAGGGAGAGGAGCCGGAUGUCGCCGAUCUCCACGUGGACCACCAGUUCUUCCAGGACCGAAUUUGGCCCCAACUGGCCCAUCGCGUUCCCGCUUUUGAGAAACUGAAGGUGAGGAGCGCGUGGGCGGGCUACUACGACUACAACACCUUGGACCAGAACGGCAUCGUGGGCACGCACCCGCUGGUCAGCAACAUGUACAUGGCCACGGGCUUCAGCGGCCACGGCCUGCAGCACUCGCCCGCCGUGGGCCGCGCCGUCGCCGAGCUCAUCCUGGACGGGGGCUUCGCCACGCUGGACCUGAGCCGCCUCGGCUUCCGCCGCAUCGCCGAACGCGAGCCCCUCUUGGAGAGCAACAUUAUCUAGUCGGCGCAGAUCCCGCAGGAGGACAAAAUAUUUCCAGCUCUUCCCACGUGCCUCGAUUAAAUCAGUGCUGGAAUUGUUGAUUCUUCAAAUAUUUAACAGGGGGGGGGGAGCCCUAAUGAACCCCAAAAACUUGCCAAUAUAUUUGAGGCCAAUUUCAGGGAAAGAGAUUCGAUUUUAUGAUCGGCUUGCCAGUAUUGGGCCAAUAAAAUCAGCAGCAAGGCUGAGCUAAGUACUGUUAAUAUGAUUUUACAAAUGAGUCACAGCUGAUCUAGCUGCCGACAUUUUGAGAGAAAAAAACCCCACGCCGAAUAAAGUUUUCACCAAAGAGUGUUUGUCGGGUCUCCCUGGUCCCGUUUGGGACGGGAUCAUCUUUUCACGCCGCGGUUCGGCUCACCCCCCGCCGGCGCCGUCCGUUCUCCUUUCAACAGCUGAGGGACUUCCUAUCCCCGCCGUUUCCGAAUC